UCUGUCUGCGGCGGCUGGGCCGGAAGAGGCGGGCGGGUGCGGCGCUGCGCACACUCCGGCACGCGGGGGAAGAUGGUGGCCACGCGGCGAGCUGCGCGGCGCGGGCCGGAGCCCGCUGCCCCGGCUGCGGCAGAGCUGGCAUCUGCUGAAAUUAGUACUCCUGUUUCUGCGAAGAUGUCCAGGAGAAGAACUAAAGGAAACUCUCAGCCAGAAGUCAUUCAUGAAUCUCAGGAUGAGGGGUUGGAAGAUGCUGAAACAAAAUCAGAUCUUGGUGAUCCCUCUGAGGCACAAACAACUAAGAACAGAGACAGCAAUGUGCAUUCAACAAAAUCAAGUGCUGAGCCACAGGCUGAUGGAGAUGAAGCAGAAUCAAAUUACUCUGCCAUGUCCGAACAUGAAACACCUUUAUUUAUAAGGAUAACAAGGAGAAGACAAAUCACAAUUCCUUAUCAACCAGAUUCACCAGCCAAAAAUAGGUCUAGCAAGGGAGCUCUUCUGAGUGAAUUAAGUAAAUCUCAAGAUGAAGAUGUCUCUGAAGCUGAGUCAUGUUCUUCAACUGUAUCUGGUGGCUGUACAGCUAGUGCUACAAGAACUACGAGAAGCAGGAAGUGCAAAGCUAAACUCCACCCAGAUCCAAUUUGUGAAGCCCAAGCUGAAGAGGUUUCUGAUGCAGAGUCAUGGUGCUCGGGUCUUUGUGUGGAGCCAUCUGUAACUACCAAAAGAAUAACUAGGAGUAUGCUAAUGAAAUCGCAAGCAGAAACCAUUAGACAAACUGAGAAAAAAGUUAGUGAAGUUGUGCUGGAAGAUGAGAAGUUAACUGAGGACAGAAUUAAAUCCCAGCCAGUAGUCAUAUCUGACUUUGAACAUGUCACAAAAUCUGAUUCUGAUACAGAGCAAACUUCCUCUCUUUCACUUAAUAAAUACGUCACUCAGAGUAAUAAACAACCCAGCCCCUGCAAGACCCAAUGCCAGACUGAAUCUGCCAGUACAAACCCAAGUGAUGACCCAAAACAAGUUUUAAUUGAUUCAACACCCAGCAGUCCUAAAGAAACAGGAAAAAGUUGUACCAUAGCAUCUCCUAAAAAAGAAACAAUAAAGGAGAGACACUUUGAAAUUGUAGAUAAAUCAGAGGAAAUGUUAGAAAAGGAGAGAGACAUAACUGGACAAGAAUCAAAGUUGAAAAGUGCUUCUCUUGAGAGCCUUGAUGAAUCAUUUAAGUCCCAUAGGCAGACAACACCAAGAAAAAGAAAUAUAAUUCCAGAAUACCAAAAAGCAGAUAUUGUGGAGGCUACACAGAGAUCUCUCACCCAUGCAGAUGAAUUAAUGGUGGCAGACAAACCAAGUAGCACAACCAUCAGCCCGCAAAAGGGCAUACACCUAUCACCAAUUGGUGAUGAUGGUGAUGGUGACUGCAAAAUGUCUGAUAUCAAUGUAGACAAUAGUGAAGGUCAAGCAGAACUAGUUACUAAAUCCUCCCCACAUGUAACCAAAAGAUCAUGUAAUAAAAAGAUAUCUGCUGUGUUGCUCCUGAGCAGUGAUGAGAGUGAUGAAACUGAAAACAGCGAUGUGGAAGAAGUGGGUGAUGUAGGAGAAAAGCUGUAUUGUGCAGAGACCAGAAAUAAGAAGUCAUCCUUGGACAAAUCUUUAGAAAAUGAAUCAUCGCAUGGAGAACUGUUUGUAAUUGACACAGAACCUGAUUUGGACGGCAACAAGAAGUAUUACCUAGAACAGGAAGAUAGAAGGAGCGAUGCAGAAAGUAAGGAUGAAGAUAGAAGGAGCGAUGCAGAAAGUAAGGAUGAAGAAAGAAGGAGUGAUGCAGAAAGUAAGGAUGAAGAACAUGAAAGAGAUGAGGAGUCCUCAGAUCUGGAAGAUAAUGAGGAGGAGUUCGUAGAUGAAGAUGAAGAUGCAUAUUUAUUGAAAAAUAAAAAGCCUAAUAUUUUACAUCUAUCAAGCAGCAUAGAUCCUGGUCUAAAUAUCAAGAGGCUUGGAGGCUUAUAUAUUAGCUUUGAUGCAGGAAAACAAAAAGCUGGCUCAAGUGCAAUUAAACAGUUAAAGGGGGAAAAGAAAGAAGAGCUCUUGAAGAAGAGUAUAAUAACUCCAGAUUUUGAAAAAAAGGACUGUGUUCCACCAUUCAGGGAGUCAAUCCAUCAGAUAAAGAAACAGCGCAAGGCAGAGCGAGAGAAAACAACAGGUGAUGGCUGGUUUGGUAUGAAAGCUCCAGAAAUGACAAAUGAAUUGAAAAAUGAUCUAAAGGCUCUGAAGAUGAGGGCUUCCAUGGACCCCAAACGUUUUUACAAGAAGAAUGAUAGAGAUGGUCUGCCCAAAUACUUUCAGGUUGGGACUGUGGUUGACACUCCGAUAGACUUUUACCAUGCUCGAAUCCCCAAGAAACAAAGGAAGAGAACCAUUGUUGAAGAGCUGCUUGCAGAUUCUGAGUUUAGGAGAUACAAUAAAAGGAAGUACCAGGAGAUCAUGACUGAAAAGGCAGCUCUUGCAGCAGGCAAGAAGAAUCGGAAGAAGAAGAAAUUUCACAAAUAAGACUAGGAGAAAAUAACAAGAUGAAACUCUUUUUUUUGUUUUUAAUUAUAAAAUUGUUUACAGAACAUUUUGGUGAGUGGUUUAAGAUUGAAGCUGUCAUACUGACUGAGUUAGGACAGGGCUGGCCCUGUUUUAGCAGUAGUAUUUUGACCGGGGAGGAGGAGACUUGCAAUGGGAUUUUGUUCUGUGGACUGGUAUAGACAUGCAACAGAGACAGCAUGAUUCAUUCUUCAUAGAAAAAGGCAAAAACAGACAUCCUGUACAAAUAAAUAGUUGAUGGAAAUGGUCAUGUGAAAGAGCUGAGAUUAAAAAAAAAAAAGAUUGUAUUUUAAUGGAAAAACCUUUGUUAAAAACUGCAAUCCUCGGUUUUUUAGUUUUGUGAGAAACUGGAAAACCUGCAGGCACUUGUCACUAAAGACUCCUAGUUACUGAAGGAGUUUAUAAAAACACAGGUAUUCAACCUACAGUAAUAAUCAGUGAUUUUUUUAAAAUCUCAUUGAGCAGCGAUUCAGAUUUACUGAACAAUGAUACUUCAAAAUCAUAAACUUACACCUGGACUGUAAAAAUAACAUUUUAUUAUGUGCUGUACAGGAAAAAUAAGUUGUCCACAAAUGGAGAUGAGUUUUAACAGAUUUCAGGAGGCUUUGUCAGAGUUAUCUUGAAGUGGAUGUUCAUGUACUAUAUUGGUCUAAUUUAAUGUUAACUUAAAAGGUAAAAAUAUAAAUUUCAAGGGAUAGUGCCAAAUCUAAGGCAUCAUCACUUUUGUCUACUUCUUGAUCUCUGUAGAGUCUAGCCUCUAUUUACAUAAUUUAUGAAGCACAUUUUCUAUUGAAAGGAGCUUACAUUUCAUCUUUCCCUUGUUACACUGCUUAAUUAAGUUAGUUGUUCCUUAUCCGUUGCCUCAGUAAGAGGACGUGCUGGGCUAUUCUUUAGCAGCGGUUAAUGAGAAAUGACUUGUGCAUGGAUAUGGUUCUUGCAUGCUAUUUUAAAAGUAAUUAUUCUUGUUCAGCUUGAUCUCUGGUGGUGGAGUGUUCCACAUCUGAAGACUGAACAUAGCAUGGUGCAGAUUAUCCUCUAGAUUCUACAUACCUCUCUUUUUAAAAUCCACUCUUUUUUUGUUGAGGGUUAUGUAUUUUUACCACUUGUCUGUUUUGCCAUUGAUAUGAAAUGAUUUCAUGGGGUCAGUCCGUUUUCUAGUAUACACAGACUACCACAACUGGUAUUAUGGUAAUUGCUAUUCUUGUUGGCAGUUUUUGCUGAGAAGCUAAGAACUGAAUGGAUGAGGAAACAGAACUCUUUUCAACCCUAGUGAUAGUCCCUCCAAAUCAAGAUUGAGGGAAACUGGUACACAGAUGUGGGAAGCUUGCACUGCCCCUGCAGAUUAUCUAGGUGCCAUGCACCUCAGUUCCCAGACCAGUCAGUCCAUCACCUUGCAUAAUCACGUGUAUUUUCAGUAAAAGUUUAAGCUGUCUUUUGAAUGACCCUACAGUAUUUUUGUACUGCUGUUGCAGCUAAUAGAGUUCAUUAAAUUAAUUACUAAUGUUAGGAUAGAGAAUAAUACAGAAAACUUAAUGGUAGAACAGAAGUUGAUGAUAGGAAAUUAUUGGUAAUUGGAAAUUAUUAUUCAACAAUAGUGGGAUUGUAUGGGGUCGACUGUCCAGGAGAGGAAAGGAAAAGAAAAACUGAGAGAUCAUAGACGUAAAAUGUGUAGAGAUAGCCUUCGUGGUCCUAUUUUAUAGCUUCCGACAAAAGGAAAUUUGAUUUAAAUAGUGUAGUAAAAAAAUUUUAUUAAGAGAUUGGACAUUUGUGUCUGAAAAUGUCCUCGGCUCUGAGCAGCUAGAAUAGACUUAGAAGAGCUGUCAGCCCUCAUGGCUCAAGCCAUACAGUGAUCACCAACUGAAGUUAGGAAGAAAUUCCCCUAUGCCUCUCUGUCUUGAAUUUGUUUUUUCUAAAGCAAUCCAGCAUUAGUCACUAUUGGAGACAGGCUAGGACCAAGAUUUUCAAAAACAAUUACAGAUUUUGGGUGCCCAACUCAACUACUUAUAGAGGCUUUGCAUUUUGAAACUGCUGAGCUAAAGUGUCAAGUUGGGGACAUACAGAUACCCAUCCCUUCUGCAAAUCUUGGCUGAGAUGUAGUUUCUGUUCUACUAUCAUCAUUCCUGUAUUUGUGUAUCAGACCUGUGCAUACAUCAUUGAUGAUAAUACAAGAACAAGGAAAUAAAACGAGAACUGUGCUCUCUUGUGCUCUGUAAGAAAUGUGGAAGCAGAAGAAUAUCAAUAUUGGACAAACAGGAAAGAACAAAAUUGGAAUAAGAAAUGUUUUCAAGUGUUUAAGAGUAUUAUGAACAAUGGUCAUAUGAACUUGUAUACAAUCAUACAGAAUUUUUUGUAGCUAUUUUAAAAUUAUUUUAAUUAGAAUAUAUUUUUUGUGCAAAGAGUUUGACAUUUUAAAAUAAGAGGAAGAUGUGGUAUCUUAAAUUAAAGGCUAACUUAUUGACUAUGCUAACAUUAUUAUUGAGGCAUAAUAUCCCUGCACUAUUUAUACAAGACUGAUAUAAAAGGUAAGAUACUAAGAAAAUGUUAGAAACUGUUUAAAUUUAGAAUUAAAACAUGAGCACAUUGCUGCAUUCUUGAGUUCUAAUUAAAGAAUGCAUAGGCUUCCAUUUGGCACAAUAUGAAACAGAACCAAUCAGAAGGCCAAAUCACUGAUAAGCAACACAGAUAAAACAAGCCUAUCAAAAAUAGAUUUAUAAAAGAACAGUGUGUUUUGAGAAACUACAUUUUUUUGUGCAAACAGUAUGUAAUAUACUAGCUUGUUUGUUUGUUUGUUGUCCUGUACUGGAAUGACCUGCUCAGAUAUUUGUUUGUAAUCAUACUGCUUUCUAUAGGCUGGCCUGAAAACAUAAGCUCUACUAUUGCCAAGAGAGAUUCCUCUUUAGUUCAGGGGGUAGAAUCCUGUGAUUUUUGGAGCAGCAGGUGAUGUGGUUCUUUUUUCUAUAUACAGUAUGCACUUGCUGGUGGCCUAGGCCUAGGUGUCCCUAGACUGUUGCAUAUUAUCUGAUGAAUAUUAAGAGUAGAUUUGUUUUCUUGUACUCCUUGCCAGUCUAUAUCCAUCUUUUGUCUCUUGUCUUAUGCUUAGAUUGUAAGCUCUCUGGGACAGGGACUGCAUUUUUGUUUUUUAUUUGUACAGUGCCUAGUACAAUGGGGUCCUGGUCCAUGACAAGGGCUCCCAAGCACUACCGUAAUACAAAUAAUAAAAUGAAACUAUUCGUAAAGAAUCAGAUCAGCAAUGGUACCAUGAUCAACUUGGUACUAUUAAUAUGGUGCCAUUACAAUGACUUGUAGUGAACAAAAUUAAGACAUUGCGACUUUUAGGAAGCUGAUUUCUCAAACUACUUUCUUGACCUUUCCCUUACUCUCCAGUCUCUCUUUUUUAGUUGCCUCUCUGACCACCAACUUGGUCUUUCCAAAAUGGAAUGUGUCUUUUCCUUUAAUUCCUCUUCCUUUCCAUAGAGAACACCACUCUGUCCUUCAUGUUAUGUGACUCUCUUCUAACCAUGUAGUGAAUAUUUC